AUGGCCGACCUUUCCGUUCAGCUGCAAGCACCCAAUGGUGUCAAGUACACCCAGCCGACCGGUCUUUUCAUCAACAACGAGUUUGUCAAGUCUUCGACAGGAGAGACGAUUGACUCGAUAGACCCUGCUACCGAGGAGAAGAUUGCCGCUGUCCAGGCAGCAUCAGAGGAGGAUGUCGACAAGGCCGUCAAGGCGGCUCAUGCCGCACUGAGACACGAGUCCUGGAAGGGCAUCUCGGCAACAGAUCGCGGUGCAUUGAUGUACAAGUUCGCCGACUUGAUUGAGAAGAACAAGGAGGUUCUCGCCACAAUCGAUGCGUGGGACAACGGCAAGACCUACGCGGACGCCCUUGAUGGCGACCUGUCUGAGUGCGUCACCGUCAUCCGCUACUACGCCGGCUGGGCCGACAAGACCUUCGGCCAGACCAUCAACACAACGCCUCAAAAGUUCGCCUACACGAUCCGCCAACCCAUCGGCGUCGUCGCGCAGGUUAUUCCUUGGAACUACCCCCUCGCGAUGGCGACCUGGAAGCUCGGUCCUGCCCUGGCUUGCGGCAAUACCGUUGUUCUCAAGGCCGCCGAGCAGACCCCCCUUAGCAUCCUGUUCCUCGGCACCCUCAUCAAGGAGGCUGGCUUCCCGCCGGGCGUCGUCAAUUUCGUGAACGGUCUGGGUCGCGUUGCGGGUAGCGCGUUGGUCGGCCACCCGCUCGUCGAUAAGGUCGCAUUCACGGGCAGCACCGCGACUGCGAGGGCUAUUAUGGGACAGGCGGCCAAGACCCUGAAGAACAUUACCCUCGAAACCGGUGGCAAGUCUCCCUUGCUUGUCUUUGAUGACGCCGAUAUCGAGCAGGCCGUGAAGUGGUCUCACAUGGGCAUCAUGUCCAACCAGGGCCAGAUCUGCACCGCGACAUCCCGCAUCAUCGUGCAGGAGUCCAUCUAUGAUGACUUCAUCAAGCGCUUCGUCGAGACGCUGAAGGCCGUCAGCAAGGUUGGAUCACAGUGGGCCAAGGACACAUACCAGGGUCCCCAGGUGUCCAAGGUCCAGUACGAGAAGGUCUUGGAGUACAUCGACAUCGGAAAGAAGGAGGGCGCCAACCUCGCUGCCGGCGGUGCACCCCUGAAGAUCGGCGACAAGGGCAAGGGCUUCUUCGUCGCGCCGACGGUCUUUACCAACGUCACCACCAAGAUGCGUGUAUGGGGAGAGGAGAUCUUCGGUCCGGUUGUGGUUAUCGCCAGCUUCAAGGACGAAGCGGACGCCAUUCACCUGGCCAACAGCACACAGUACGGCCUUGGCGCGGCUGUCUUCACGACAAAUGUUGAGCGCUCUCACCGCGUGGCGUCGGAAAUCGAGGCGGGUAUGGUCUGGGUUAACAGCACCCAGGACAGCGACCCUCGCGUGCCUUUCGGAGGAGUUAAGCAGAGUGGCAUUGGCAGGGAGCUGGGCGAGGCGGGCCUGGAGGCUUAUUCUCAGAUUAAGGCUGUUCAUAUCAACAUGGGCACCAAGCUCUGA